CGCGGCGCACCCCUCCGUCGUCUUCGUCCUCGGCGGCCCCGGAAGCGGGAAGGGCACGCAGUGCGCGAACAUCAUCAACGACUUCGGGUUCGAGCACCUCAGCGCGGGCGACCUCCUUCGCGCGCACAUGAAGUCCGGCUCGAAGGACGGGAACAUGGUCGCGGAGAUGAUCAAGGCUGGGCAGAUCGUCCCGAGCGAGGUCACGGUGAACCUCCUGCUCGACGCGAUGCGGGCGAGCCCGAGGGACAAGUUCUUGAUCGACGGAUUCCCGCGGAACCAGGAGAACCGCGACGCGUGGGAGAGAACCGCGGGGUACGACUGCGACUUCGUGCUCUUCUUCGACUGCCCCGAAGAAGUCAUGGAGAAGCGACUGCUGAGCCGCGGGGAGACGUCCGGGAGGACGGACGACAACAUCGAGAGCAUCAAGAAGCGGUUCAAGACGUUCGUGGAGUCCUCCGUGCCGGUGGUGGAUUACUACCGCGGCCUGAGCAAAGUUCGCGAGGUGAUGAGCGAUCAGCCGCCGGAGGAAGUGUACGCGCAGACGAAGGCGCACUUCGCGCACUUCGCGUGAUGAGCGCGUGUGAUUAUUACGGCUAAUCUUAAUAUUUCUCGCGUUGAAAAAAUGAAUUUUAUUC